AUGGGAGAUGGGAGAUUCGAUCAAUCGGCUCAACUGGAUGCAGAAGGGUGGCGGUUUACGAUCCACUUGAAUUUAGAGGUUCACUUCACUGCUGAACAGGGGUCUAUACCAACAUCAGCGGCGACGUACGGCCCAUGCACAGCCACCAAUCCUAUCUCCCUUGCAACCACUGGACCCGCCUCCCUUACCUUGACCACCACCGGAACCCACUAUUACAUAUGCACAUUCACAAGCCACUGCCAACUUGGUCAGAAGUUAACCAUCAACAUCUCCGCCGACGCCUCUACCACUCCGCCAUCAGCAACACCCAAAACACCGGCAUCUCCACCUACCACCAUUCCUACACCUCCGACACCUGUAUCCACAACAUCGGCAUCUCCACCGACCACCACCCCCACAACAUCCGAUGUUCCUUGUCCCCCCCACCUCAUCUCCAAGCUCCAGCCCAUCAUCACCACCAACUGUCAUAACCUCCGACAGGAUCACUCCGCCUCCACCACCUAG